GAACAAUGAACAAACAAGAUAAUAUAAAACAGUAUCCUCAUGACUCCCAUAGACCACCGUUGUUAAUUGUUUAAAACACGAUAAGAAUAUUUGGAUACUGUGUGCUUAAAGUGUCCCGUUUUACCCUAUUGUACUAUAUAUCAGCUUUUCCAAGCCUAAAAAAUACAGGACGUGUUAACAUUUUUUCUACUGAAGACGCCACGCGGUUUGUUUAUUUUAAUCACGCUCUUGUCUGGACCGCAUUGGUACAUAUGUCGCUGACGUUUGAGGUUACAUAAGUCAACUUCGAUCUAGGAAUGCCAUGUUUAUAACAAAUAGGGAAUGUUCGUUGCCUACGGUGUUGCUUACGACCCAUUGGUCGAUCUUAUUGCCGCACAUCGUUUUGCGGCAGCUAAUUAAGCGAGCCUGGGCCUUUGUGACGUCAGAACGUUCGAUUAUGACGGAGGUCGCUUAAUCCGGUCAUGAACCGACCGCAGCGAAUAGGCGGCGACGAAUAUCUCGCACGAAACAUAGAGAUCGUAGAUAACCGGCGUUGGCACCGAGGAAGCUGGGGUACCUCGCGUGAGAAGAUAUUAUGCCUUAAACAGGAUUUUGAAUGCCAUUGCUUAAGUCAUUUCGAAUCGAUCGGAUUAAAAGAGUGGCCGGCCGCCCCUCAGAAUGAGGCCAGCAGAGCUAAAACGGCUAAAUAAGGUAGCGAUCGUUGUAAAAUUAAAUAAACAUUGUAGUUUUUUAUGAAAGGGUAACCUGCCCUAAGGCGAGACAGAUUCGACUAUCACCGGUCAGUUACUUUUCUAUAUUUAGGAAUGCGAUGGCCACGUUGGUCUCGCGUGUUUUGGACCGCGGUCAAGUCGUUUUUCAGUUUUCGUAGAAGUGAGGGUGAAUCAGGGUUGCGCAAAAUUCUUGGGACAUUAGUUGCGCAACUGUUCUGUUUGUAGUAAACUGCCUUAUAGGGUUUAUUAUGUGUCUGCAUAUUCGUCUGGUGUUACGUAAAAGUGAAUAGGGGUGUUGUUAUACGCAUAUAGCCAAUGGGAGAGGCCAAGCAUAGUGUAGAAUGUAGAUGUUCUACUGCUACGACGUUAUGAAUGAACACGAUUGAGAUUGUUAUUUAUAGACGGUAACUUUCUCCUGGAGUAUCUGUUUACAAGUUUGUGAGUCAGGUGUGGUCAUCAGAGCGUAGCAAGAAAAAUACAACAGGUACAUUAUAGGUCAAGGCUAUUCUUAUUGGCGAUAGUCAAAAUAUGUGGACUCGUUACGCUUUUUUUCUCGCCUCGUGCGAAAGUUACAUUUUGACGUAUAAACAAGACAGUACAAGUCGUUCAAUUUGUACUUUAGUAAGAAGAGAGAAAAGAGCUUUUGUUUCAUUGAGGUCACGAACCUGUACGAGAAAGAUCGUUAUCCACUUUGAUGCGCCCGUGAAAUUAGAGCGAGUGACACUUCAGAAAAAAACGCUGACAAAUAUGAUCUGAGAACAUGCUUCAGCAAGCUAGCCACAUGCAUGUCGCAUGCAGAGCGGCGUAUGGUUUAUCCCAUAUAAGGCAGUGAGCGGCGUAAGUCGUACCCAUUCGCGAAGAUUUUGUGCCUGCUGGCAGUGCUCGUUUCUCGACUGAUGUUAUCUUUAAAGUUAAGUGCGAUACAAAAGAUCAUAUCUCAGGAAAGGUAUACAGUAAAGGUGUCUCUGAGGCCACCCUCACAUAAACGAUAAACCUAUUCCGGCAUACCGGUCGCUAUGUAGUAGUAGGGACUGCGCGAAGCUUUUGUGGAGCAGUUAGGUCUGACCGUUGUUCUUAGAACCAAUAUAACGACACGGCGCUGUACGAUAAAUAGGAAAUAGUUUUGAACAAGGCACCGUUCAAGGUAGUUUUCUUUGUUACGAUGUACGUGAACAAUAGUUAGUUUUGUUGCUUUUUAAAAUUUGAUGACGACAGACAUGUACGUUUAGUGUUGUUACAACGAUGUACAUGAACGUGAAUCGUGAUUGCCUAUCAUGCUUCUACAUAACAGUAUCCGACUGUAUAGCAAACUCAUAUACAGUGUCAUGCGCCAGUCAUUUGUUGAGUGUUUUCACAGGAGUACUUGAUGAUAUUUCGCGGUGCGGGUGACGAUAAAGCUUAUAUGGUUGUCAUCACUAAACACAUAGUAUGCAUUGCAGCUGGUAAGGUAGAACAUUCUGACUGAGGUGCAUAAGUAUAUUGUAAGCCGAGAAAACAGUUGUUUUGCAUUUACAUGAACUCUGUUCUGUACAGUACCUGAUAGCUGGGAAGAUUUAAUUGUACUUUGAACAGUUAAACGCAGCAGCAAAACAGAAAACAGUACAAUGUCUGUAGUGUUGUUUAUGUGUAUCCUACAUUCUAACCUCAUGCAAGUUAGUAGCUCAUUAAAUAUUUAAUUAACGUUCAAUUACAGCGGUGAUAAAGUCAGAGUUGCUUUUAAAUUGAUUUGAACCACAUUUAGUAUCUGAUCCGAUUAUCAUAAGCGAACAGUGCAUAUGAUGACGUCAGACAUCUCCCAAGGCGCGACUAAUAUCGACAACAAUUGGACUUCUACCGCUUCAGUGUUGGGUUUGAACUCCACAGUUAAUUCAACCGCACUUCCCUGCGAGGCCCACGACGUCCUAAUUCAGACAUGGUUUCAGUUCGACACGCUUCACUUGGUGAGGGUCUUGGUCACGUGGUUACUCUUCUGUCUCAGCAUGGCAGGAAACAUGUUCGUCCUCUGGUCACUAAGGGGCAGCAAAAGCCGACACUUUAUCAUGUUCCACUUGGCACUGAGUAAUUUGGUCUACACAAUAUUCGUGAUGCCUUCUGACGCGGUGUGGAACACCACCAUGGAAUGGCUCGCCGGUGACGUCAUGUGCAGGUUGUGCCAAAUGAUGAAACAGUUCGGCAUGUACGCGAGCUCCUUCAUGGUUGUGGUAAUUGGUGCCGACAGGGUCACUGGAAUACUGUCACCACUGCCUUGUCACAGCCAACGUAAGCGCGGAUAUUACAUGGUGGCUACAGCAUGGAUUUCAAGCCUAAUAUGCUGCUUACCAGCGGGUUUCAUCUUUUCGGUGGCGAGUAUUCCAACUUGUGAAGGUAUCCCGAUAUACCAAUGCAUCGACUUUAACGUUCUACAAGACGUGUCGUUACUACGACCUUACUACUUCUUUACAAUGUGCAUGAGCUUCUUACUACCACUGAUCUGUACCCUGGUUUCUUACUCGCUUAUAGUUUGCGAGAUUUCCAACAUGAAAGAGAGAGACAGAGUACUAAUGGGAAGACGGCACAGCGUCAACACAGCAUCGAUACAGCGAGCCAAGAAUCGUACAAUUCUCAUGAGAACUUUAAUAACUCUUACAUUUCUCGUGUGCUGGGGACCGUACUACGGCAAAGGGAUUUACGACUGGUUCAUCCGUUACGAAGAUCAUACCCCGCCAGAUGCUUGGGAUACCGUAAUGUACGUAGUCAUGUACCUUAACCCGGUUCUUCACCCGAUUGUGUUCGGCGUUUUCUUAAAAGAGAUACGAGGAAAAUUCAAGCAGAGAUUGAACUGCGCAAGAAAAAGAUUUUUUAAGCAAAGGGAUUUCAAAACUGUUCCAAACGCUCAAUCCAGUAUGAACUAUUCAAUUGCGUCUGUUUUAAAUAGACCGAGGCGCAUGAGCUCCACGUCUAGAGGUUCGUUCAGCAGUUACGCAACCGGUGCUACUCAUUUGAACGGUUCAAGUCACGUUACAAUCAACGGACAAUGCAGUAACAACGGCUCCAACGGUUCGAUAAAAACUCAGCCGCAUUUUUUUGGCGCUAACCGCAUGGCGGCGCCACAGCAGCAGCUACUUUUGAGCUCCGAGUCGGCCCUGUGAAAACAGCUGUACAGAUGAGUUUUUAAAUCCAAAUUUGAUGAUGUACCACUUUGCAAGAGUCAAGGUAAUCGGUCGCGGGAUCUUAAUAUGACGGACUCCGUUAUAAGGUCAUGUUUGAUGGUAACAUGAUAUCUCGCAUACCAGAUAUUAUCUUCCUGUCAGGUACGAAUUAAGUUCCAUAUGAGUGAUGCUAUAUGACAAAACUAAUUUGUUUCCGGCACAAACUGGUACUAUGAACGCGUUUACGGUGUCGCAUAAUAUUUGUUCCUUCAUGAAAUUCGUUCCGGGUGCGACACCUGCAUCAUUACAUAUUUCCUGUCGACUUACAUAUGCUGGUACUAUGAAUUGCGCGGAACAUCAAACCAGCAACGUACGUGCGCUUGAAUAUAUCAUAUCCACCGUUAUUUGCUCGGCUUCGGAAAUAUGUCGAAGAUUUUUAUAUUUAUUUAAGUAAAACCAAGGUGCAAUUGUUCCGUUUUUUUCUCGAUUUUUCCUGCGAUAAACCGCCAACUAAGGUGCUUCGCUUGUUCGUACAUUUUCAUUGCACUAAUAUAUCAUUUGUCAUAAUAUUCGUGCUUUCUUUGUAAAAUACAAGCAGCACAUCUCU